GGAUACCUAACGCGGUACCGAAGCACAGUGUUGUGUCCGACCUCGUCGACGUCAUUGUCACGUCUCGACCUCUCCGUCUGCCGCACACCUCGGAAAAAAACACACACACACACUGUGAAUUCAGAGUCAUACGUACACUUCGAUAUUCAGAUCAUAUAAUUCCACACCUUGUCAGGUCGCAGGCAGUGUUGACGUUUCUCUUGUCAUCGUGCAUUAUUCUGGCACUGGAGUGAUUAUACAAUACAUACAUAUCUACAUAGAUAGAUACAUACCGUGGUUUGCGUGAUUGCAAAUGAGCGAAAAGAUGAACUUUACCGAGGCGGAAAUACCGUAAGACACGGAAAUAUCAUCCGCUUCGGUUGAAAGGAAAUUCACAAUCCGCGGGGAAUGAUACAAGGAAAAAGAAACUUAAUCGGGAAAUUUCUCCUUAUUUGUGUUUACGUGUAAUGUGAUAAUAAUAUACUUACGUCACGGUUAUAAAUUAUAUAUAUAUAUAAUACAUUAAAGAUAUAAAGAUCCGAAGUUUAAAUAAACUGAACGCAUUGGCUGAAUGGUUCUACUCGGUCUUUUGGCCCCGGCGGCGGCGAGGUGGACGCGAGGAAAAGCAACCAAGAGAACCCACGAAGGUGGCGGAAUAGCAGUUGGGAGAUUAUCGCUGUCACGUUAUGGACCGCAGGUGAUGAGCGUGCUGUGCCUGCGCACCUCCUUGCCCCAGUCUAAUCCCAAUAACAGAAAAAACUCGGCGUCCGUAAAGAUUGACCUGGUGGAAGAGGAGCCGACACCAGUAUCCUCCGUCAAAGACAUAUCCACCGACGAGCUGGCUCUCCUAGCUAAACUGGAAGAAGCCAAUCGGCUCAUAGAGUCAGAUGCAAAGUCGUUGAAUUCACUGCAAAGCAACCACAGCAGAAAGGGAUCGGACACUUCGCAGGUCUCUUUGGCGUCGGGGGGCAGCAGCGGUGGUGGGGAUGCUGCGCCCCGACGCCACUCGCCAACAGACGGCGAAGAGAACAUCUGGACACUUUGGGGUCACAUCGUCGCCGACUGGGAGAAUUAUAGUAAAAAGAAGAAGGAGUUCGUCAAGGAACUGGUGCGCAAAGGCAUUCCACAUCACUUCAGAGGGAUAGUAUGGCAGCUAUUAUGCGGAGCUCACGACGCUCCGGUGAAAAAACAGUUCGCCGAAUACAUCAAAGCUACGUCGGCUUGCGAAAGGGUGAUCAGACGAGAUAUAGCUCGAACUUAUCCUGAGCAUGAUUUCUUCAAGGAAAAAGAUGGCUUGGGACAGGAAAGUCUGUUCAACGUAAUGAAAGCUUACAGUCUUCACGAUCGUGAGGUGGGAUACUGUCAAGGCUCGGGCUUCAUUGUUGGUUUGCUUCUCAUGCAGCAAAUGCCAGAAGAGGAAGCGUUCGCCGUCCUCGUUGCAUUGAUGCAAGAGUAUCGGCUUCGAGACAUGUUCAAGCCGAGUAUGGCCGAAUUAGGAGUCUGCAUGUACCAGCUGGAGCAUCUUGUGGCUGACACGCACCCCGAACUUCACGCUCACUUCACUGCGCAAGGUUUCCACACGUCGAUGUACGCCUCUUCGUGGUUUUUGACACUCUUUACGACUGCGCUGAGCCUGCCUCUCGCCUGUCGUAUUUUCGAUGUGUUUCUCUCGGAGGGAAUGGAGGUCAUAUUCAAGGUCGCCUUGGCUAUGCUACACUUAGGCAAAGAAGACUUACUGAGCCUCGACAUGGAAGGCAUGCUGAAGUUUUUCCAGAAAGAAUUACCUGGUCGAGCGGAGGCGGAUCCUGACGGACUGAUGAAUCUUGCGUAUGAGAUGAGAAUUAACCAAAAACGAAUGAAGAAGUUGGAAAAGGAUUACACAGUGUUGAAAAUGAAGGAGCAGGAGGAAAUGGUGGAACUUAGAAGGCUGAGAGCGGAAAACAGACUACUUAGGCAAAGAACCGAACUAUUGGAAGCAGAGUCGGCCGAACUUGCCGACAGAUUAGUUAGGGGUCAAGUAUCGAGGGCAGAAGAAGAAGAAACAACGUUCGUUGUGCAGAGGGAACUGGCAGCUUUGAAGCAUACCCAUCUAGAAACAAAUCAUCAGUUAGAAAUAGCGCACGAAGAGUUAAGGUCGCUUUCCAUUCUAUUGGAAGAGAAUUUAACAUCGAAACAGUCGUCUCUUGACGAGAUGUCGCUUAAGCAAAAAGCGUUAUCGGAAAAAGAAGAAAUGUUACAGUGCUUACAGCAAGAGCUGGUCAAAGUUAGAUUGCACGAGGCGGAGAAUGACGCUACGAUCAGGGACCUAAGAGCAAGGAUACAAGAAUUAGAGGAGGACAAAAAAACACUACGAGAGUCGAGACCGGAUAAUUCUGUGGCGCAUCUUCAAGAGGAAUUGAUCGCUGUGAAACUAAGAGAAGCGGAAGCGAAUUUAUCUCUGAAAGAUCUUCGGCAAAGGGUAACGGAAUUAAGUUCGGCAUGGCAGAGGCAUCUUCAAGAGCAUCGAUCGGCUCAACCUGCUCCGGCAGCAGAUUCGACGCCAAAGAAAUUACUGUUCUGGGAAAACCGAGGUCACGAGACUCAAAGACUGGAAGAAGAUUUGAUGACGACAAGAAUCCGGGAAAUGGAGGCUCUCACCGAGGUUAAAGAACUCAGACUGAAAGUAAUGGAACUCGAAACCCAAGUACAGGUGGCGACGAAUCAACUUAGAAGACAGGACGAAGGCGGAAAGCAGCUAAGGGAGGAACUCGACGAAGCUCUGAUAAGAGAAAAAGACCUCACAACGAAACUUCGGGAACAACAACACAAGUAUUCGGAUCUAGAAUCAAAAAUGAAGGAUGAAUUCAUGAUGGCGAGGAUAAGGGAUGCGGAACAUGCUCAGCAAGUCGCUGAACUUACUCAUAAAAUAUCCUUACUUGAACUUAAGAACGAAGAAAUGUAUGCAGAAGGCGAACUAAGGAACAACCUGGAUGAUAGCGAACGAGUAAAAGAAUUGCAGGAUAAAGUUGCCGACUUGAAAGCUGAAGUCAUGAGGCUAGAGAGCUGGAAACAAAGAUGGACCGGCAAAGAUGGUCCAGCGAUACGAAGUAUAAGUGUGGACACCGAGAGCGAGUUAGAUGAACGGGAUCUCAGGAUCUGCCUUCAAGAUCCAGUCAAUGCGUCGACGCCCAGCCCUCCCGACAUGUAGAUUCUAUCCAUGCAAAGUGUUGCGCUAAAAUUCACUAUUCAAGCAGCUAAGUAACAAAUAACGAUACUCCAUUUUUGGCUGUGAAGCCUUUCAAAAGUCAAUGCACAAUGCUCAACUUGAAAAAAAUGGAGAGAAAAAUAAUUUGAUAUUACUAUUAUGAUAUAUAUAUAUAUUUAUAUAAUAUAUGUAUAUGGGGCAUUCCAUGUCAAUUCGCCGGGCCAUUGGCCUGACCCCUUCCGAUUUUGAUGUCCAAUUUAUUUUGGGUUCUGUUGGGCCCAAAAUACGACCUCAAAUUUUUGGAAAUUCUUAUUUCAUUUUUAAGGGGU